ACCUAAGACCCCUUAGAGAAUUAAUAUAUUGAAUUGAACCACUGUUCCAAGCUAUUCACCUUGUCACACUUGAUACCCCACCUAUAUCGCCCGGAAAGCCUGGCGUGUUAUACUUGGAAGAAGAACAGUAUACUCCUCUAUAUGUGAGCGAAUAUAAGCAGUAAUGAGAAUUUACAAAAUGAUAUUAACCAAUCAAAGCAGUAUCAAACGUUGCGAUGUCAAACUCGGUAGACCACAAGACUGAAAACAAAACCGAGCCGCAUGAUGAGGCAUACUCAACCAACAACGAACCAAAAAUGGGCGAAAAUGCGUUAGACGAUAUUGACCACGAGGCUGCCUAUGUGGAGCAAUACGAUGAUAAGGAAGAAGAGCAUUGGGCUGAUUCAUAUGGAGAUGACGUUGAAGAACCACUAAGCCGUGGCGGGAUACACAUCGGUACGGUUAAAACUGGCGGUGUUACACCGAAGCCACCCCCAAAGAAUAACCCUUAAGGGGAGAAUGGCUUGUGUGACAAGGGGCAAAUGCUUGGAACAAGAGUUCAAUUCAAUAUAAUAAUUCUCUAAGGGGUCUUAGGCCCUUGAUCUCUCCACCUACUUCGAAGAGGAUCAUUCUGACUAUUUGAGUUCAAUCUGCUUGUGC